GAACAAGGAGCAAGGAAUUUUCAGAACAGAAAUCGACAGGAGAGCUAGAGGAGAGGAAGGGCAUGUGCUUCUGACCAACAGUUACAUUCUGAACCGAAUAGAACGGUGUGCGAGUUGACGAGUGCAGCUCAGGGAAGGUGCCGUGGACCGUCAACCAUGUUCACCGUCUGUGUAUUCGACUGUGAGAACUAUCUCAACAAACGCGCUGAGUUUUCCUGCCUCGGCGGCCGUUCUCCGACCUGGGAAGCUGUCCGCAGGGAGUUCGCGAAGGCGACCAACUCACGCUUCCAAGGUGUCCAUUACAAAGAUGAGGAUGGAGAUCUUGUGCGCGUGGAUAGCGAAGAGGAAUGGACCGAGGCGGUGAGGAUUGCUACUCGGCGUGCAGACGGAAGGGAAGCCGUUUUGAAUUUGUAUCGGGGAGAGGUGGCAAUGUCGAGGCUUGCACUUACUGAAGAGCUACAGGACGAGCAAGUCGAGAGCAGCCAAUCCGCCGAAAUUGACGGACCUGAUGCGCCCAAGUGGUUCAUCAAGUAUAUGUCGGAGAAAAGGGCAGAGGAGCAAGAGAUGGUUAGUGCUGUCAAGGAUUCCAUUGUCAGCGGCGUUCUGCAAGGCUUGGACGGAGCUGUCGUUGCAAGCGUCUCGGCCAACACAAUGAAGACUGCGCCCGCCGAGGCGUCCAGCCGGCCCAAGUAUCACCAUCAGAACGUGUACUGCGAUGGCUGUGAGCAGCCCGUCGUGGGUACGCGCUACAAGUGUGGCAACUGCGAUGACUAUGACCUGUGCGAGGUGUGCGAGGCAAAGGGCAACGUGCACCGCGACGAUCACGUCUUCCUGAAGCUGGACAAGCCAGCACCGCACUGCGGCUUCCUCGAGAACGCCAAGAUGCAGCCACUGCUACGCUGCCUCGUUUACCAGCAGCAGCCAACGACUCCGAAAAAAGUCAAAGUCAAGAAGGAUAAGUCAUCUGUCAAGCGUCGACCGGCAAACGUUUCUCCCAGGGCCAGAAGGCCGUGUGAUGCUCCCAAGCCGCCGUGCAACUACAAGACGGAACUGCUGAUCGACGGCAAGGUGAUGCCUUCGAGCACGCUGGUGCGUCCGGGCACGACCAUUACGUACCGCUGGCUGGUGCCCGACUUUGGCUACUCGGCGGUGGGCCUGUCGCUGCACUGCAUCGGCGGCUCUCUGGCGCCGGUUGAGUCGCAGGUGCCCAUGCCCAGCGUGUUUGGCGGCGAGUCCUGCUGGGUGGGCGUGCAGCUGCUGGUGCCAAUGGCCGGUAAGCACGAGAGUAUCUGGGUGCUGCGCGCUAACGGUGUACGGGUGGGCAACCCUCUGCACUGCCGCAUCACCGCCUGCGAGCUGGCCGGCUACAACUCGAAGUUCGUCACGGACGCCAAUCUGCCGGACGACGCCAUCGUGGAGACGGGCGACGUGCUGCGCAAGCGCUGGGUGCUGUCGAACAGCGGCACGGUGAGCUGGUGCAGCGGCAGCGUGUACCUGCAGAACGUGCGCGGCACACUGCGCGCCGCCAAGAAAAGCAUCCCGGUGCCGGCCACUCGGCCGGGCGCCUGCGUCACCCUCGAGGCCGAGCUGCUGGUCCCCGCCGACAUGGGCGAGUACGACAGCCUGUGGGUGCUGAUGUGCGACGGCGUGCCCUUCGGACAGCAAAUCUGGUGCAAGAUAACGGCCAUCGAGAAGACCGAGGUGCCCGCAACGCCGGCGCUCGACGUGCCAGUCCCAGCACGGCCCGUUGCGGAGCGGACAGAAGCAGCAGUACCGCCGCCGCCGUCUUCAUCGCGUCCAGCACCGGCCAACCACAAGUACGCGUCGAUGCUGCUGUCGCGAGACGACCUGGCGGCCACGGUGCGUCCCGCCGAGGUCAUCCGCCACCAGUGGCUGGUGGCGAAUAACGGCACGGAAGCGUGGGACUCGCGCGUCGUGCUCCUGUGCAUUGACUCACCGCACCUACCCAGCGUGGUCGUGCCGCCGACGAAGCCCGGCGAGCAGUGCGCGCUCGAGGUGGAGAUAAUGGCGCCCGUCGAGCCCGGCGAGCACAACACGCGCUGGUGCCUGACGCGCAACGGAACGCCGUUCGGCUACAUCUUCUUCUGCCCGCUGACCGUGAUCGUGCCCAGUGCUGACGAGCCACGACGCUCCGGCGACCUGUGGAAGACCCUCAUACCAUCUUCUGCCACCACCACCGCCACCACCACUGAGGCUGAAUCGUCCGCUUCAUCGGAGGCCAGCGCUACCGCUACCCCUACCGCUUCUACCAAUGACGAGGACACCCUCGGCGACAAGUACGACAUUGUCCAGCCCAGUGAAAUUCCCGACUACACUCCGUCCGCACCUGCCGCCGACGCCUGUUCGACCAGCGGCGAGGGUUCCACCGACGACGGCUACAUCAUGGUACCGCUUCCCGACUGCUUCAACCUGGAUUCGGCCGACCUGUCUCUCAGCGAGAGCGCAAUCUUGAGUGCCGCCACCGUCGCAACUCCUCCUGCUCAGCUCGACCUGAUGACGUUUGAUGCAGAUGGCAAUUCGACAGCUGCUCCCACACAGGCUUGUGCUAGUGACGCAGCAGCAGCCCGUGCAAUCUCCCCUGACCAUGCUGAGAUCGUCCACAAUUCGAGCCGCGAUGGCAACCAGCGAGAGGCGAAGGUUGAUGCCAUCAUGCAUCCUUUUGCCGCAGCUGCGCAGCCAGAUUCUUCAUCGACGUCGAGCCAAUUGGUAAUGAACGACGGCGCUCCACGCACCCUCCCGCAGGCGUCCAACUGGAUGCCGCAGGCGAAGCAGUGGAUGCCGCGCCAGGCCGAGACACCCAUGGAGCGGCUCUUCGAGAUGGGCUUUGGUAAUCGUCAGCUGAACCAGUCCACCCUGGAGGAGUAUAAGUACGAUCUGGACCUUACCAUUGCCGCCCUCAUCCAGCUACAGGACCGAUCAUAAGUCCUGUCUGAUUCUCAGCGCCAGCCGCUCCGUAAAAAGCAACAAGGGUGUAACUCUAAUCCUGGUCUCCGUUUGCACGUAAGUUCUGUUGCGCAUGCACGCACGGGCAUAUCCUCCCAAUAAAUAUCUUAAUUACUUUCUGAACUGCCUCUUGUGUGUGUGGGUGUAUCCUGCCUCUAGCCUGGCUGGCUCGCCCACUCUGUUUCUACCCCGCUGGCAUUUUAGCUCUGAAUUCGUUUUCGCUGCGUAUCCGGUCUACGGUCUCUGUCGCUCUGUACUCGCUUGCUUUGCGCUGCUGCAUGCUUGCCCGAUGUCGGUAUGCUGUACUCUGCGUGCUUUCGAAUGAUUUACCGCUUUGCACCGCUUACUACUACUACCUGCUAGGUCCACCUUAUAAUUGAAAUAUUUUACUUCCUUGUAUCGUCUGUCUUUUCUGAGAUUUGUUUUUAGUUUGCCAUAAUGGCUCUUGUUUUUUUCUUUCUGUUGUCCCGACUGCAUGAAAGCCCUCCACUGUAUGUAUGUGUGUAAUACAGUACUUUCCAGUCGAUAAAGUGAUGUCUGUGAUCGUUGUGAGAGCAACGUUUCUCACCCUUGGAA